GCGUGAUCUUGGGAGGCGGGGCGGGGGGACCGGCGGGGCAGAGCGCGGCGCUGAGGUGGUGGCGGCGGCCUUGAACAAGUGAGCGAGCGACUCUCGGAGUAUCCCUCCACGGGGAACGGGAGCCCGGGGACGCAGGGAGCGCCGGCGACCUCCGAAGGCCGGGAGGACGCGUCGGAGUGAGGUGCCAUUCGACGCCAUGGCUGAACCCCUGAAGGAGGAAGAGGGCGACGACGGUUCUGGGGAGCCCCCCGGGCCGGUGAAGGCGGAACCCACCAACAACGCUGCCUGUGUAGCGGCCAAGAACCUGGCCCUGCUCAAAGCCCGCUCCUUCGAUGUGACCUUCGACGUGGGGGACGAGUACGAGAUCAUCGAGACCAUAGGCAACGGGGCCUAUGGGGUGGUGUCCUCCGCGCGCCGCCGUCUCACCGGCCAGCAGGUGGCCAUUAAGAAGAUCCCUAAUGCUUUUGACGUGGUCACCAAUGCCAAGCGGACCCUCAGGGAGCUGAAGAUUCUCAAACACUUCAAGCACGACAACAUCAUCGCCAUCAAGGACAUCUUGAGGCCCACUGUGCCCUAUGGGGAGUUCAAAUCUGUCUAUGUGGUCCUGGACCUGAUGGAGAGUGACCUGCACCAGAUCAUCCACUCCUCCCAGCCACUCACUCUGGAGCACGUGCGCUACUUCCUGUAUCAGCUGCUUCGGGGCCUCAAGUACAUGCACUCGGCUCAGGUCAUCCACCGCGACCUCAAGCCCUCCAACCUGUUGGUGAAUGAGAAUUGUGAGCUCAAGAUUGGCGACUUUGGCAUGGCCCGUGGCCUGUGCACCUCGCCUGCUGAACACCAGUACUUCAUGACUGAGUAUGUGGCCACACGCUGGUACCGUGCUCCUGAGCUCAUGCUCUCACUGCACGAGUACACACAGGCUAUCGACCUGUGGUCUGUGGGCUGCAUCUUUGGUGAGAUGCUAGCCCGGCGCCAGCUCUUCCCAGGCAAAAAUUAUGUACACCAGCUGCAGCUGAUCAUGAUGGUGCUGGGUACCCCGUCGCCAGCUGUAAUCCAGGCUGUGGGGGCUGAGAGAGUGCGGGCCUACAUCCAGAGCCUGCCACCACGUCAGGCUGUGCCCUGGGAGACAGUGUAUCCAGGCGCCGACCGCCAGGCCCUGUCACUGCUGGGACGCAUGUUGCGUUUCGAGCCUAGCGCCCGCAUCUCUGCAGCUGCUGCCCUUCGCCACCCCUUCCUGGCCAAGUACCAUGACCCUGAUGAUGAGCCUGACUGUGCCCCACCUUUUGAUUUUGCUUUUGACCGUGAAGCCCUCACUCGGGAGCGCAUUAAAGAGGCUAUAGUGGCGGAGAUCGAGGACUUCCAUGCACGACGUGAGGGCAUCCGCCAACAGAUCCGCUUCCAGCCUUCCCUGCAGCCUGUGGCCAGUGAACCUGGCUGCCCUGAUGUUGAGAUGCCCAGUCCCUGGGCUCCCAGCGGGGACUGUGCCAUGGAGUCACCUCCACCAGCUCCACCGCCGUGUCCUGGCCCUGCACCUGACACCAUUGAUCUGACCCUGCAACCACCCCUGCCAGCUAGUGAACCAGCCCCUCCGAAGAAGGAGGGUGCCAUCUCAGACAACACCAAGGCAGCCCUCAAAGCCGCCCUGCUCAAGUCCUUGCGGAGCCGGCUCCGAGAUGGCCCCAGUGCUCCUCUGGAAGCUCCUGAGCCUCGAAAGCCGGUGACUGCCCAGGAGCGUCAGCGGGAGCGGGAGGAGAAGCGGCGGAGGCGGCAAGAGCGAGCCAAGGAGCGGGAGAAGCGGCGGCAGGAGCGGGAACGCAAGGAGCGGGGGGCCGGGACCUCUGGGGGUCCGUCCACCGAUCCCCUGGCUGGGCUGGUGCUCAGUGACAAUGACCGCAGCCUGCUGGAGCGCUGGACUCGCAUGGCCCGGCCCGCAGCCCCCACAGCAGCCCCAGCCCCAGCCCAUGCCCCAGUCCCAGCACCCGCCCCAGCUCAGCCCAGCAGUCCUCCUGCUGCCCCCCCACCAAAACCAGCAGGCUCCCCCACUGGUCCUGUACCGCAGCCUGCUUGCCCAGCCCCUGGGCCUGCUCCUCACCCCGCCAGCCCUCCGGGGCCUGUCCCUGGCCCAGCUCCACUCCAGACUGCCACCCCUAGCCUCCUGGCUCCCCCUGCACUUGUGCCACCCUCUGGGCUGCCUGGCCCCGGUGCCGUAGCUGUGCUGCCUUACUUCCCAUCUGGCCCGCCCCCUCCAGAGCCCGGAGGGGCCCCUCAGCCCUCCACCUCAGAAUCCCCCGACGUCAACCUGGUCACUCAGCAGCUGUCCAAGUCACAGGUGGAGGACCCCUUGCCCCCAGUCUUCUCGGGCACUCCAAAGGGCAGUGGGGCCGGCUAUGGUGUUGGCUUUGACCUGGAGGAAUUCCUAAACCAGUCUUUUGACAUGGGAGUGGCUGACGGGCCACAGGAUGGCCAGGCAGACUCAGCCUCACUCUCAGCUUCCCUGCUUGCUGACUGGCUGGAGGGCCACGGCAUGAACCCUGCCGACAUUGAGUCCCUGCAGCGUGAGAUCCAGAUGGAUUCCCCGAUGCUGCUGGCUGACCUGCCGGACCUCCAGGAGCCCUGAGGUCCACAGCCUGUGCCUUGCUGCCCGGGGCGGACCCAGCUACAAGACUCACAGGAACAUUUCCAAGAGCUGGAGCCUUGGGCCCAGCAGUGGAAACUCAGCUUCGAUUAUUCUGCAGGUUCAUCUCAGACACACUGCAGCCUUAAGCAGCCACCUGAGCCACCGCCAAGCCACGGCAGGAUCAGGAAACCUCUACUCCCUGAGCGAUCCUUUUCAGUAUUGUAUUUUUAUUAUAAUUAUUAUUAUUAUAUUAA